AAAUCGAAGUUGUAUCGAUUCGAUAAAGAUGGGAAUCAAUGGAAGGAGAGAGGAGCUGGAACUGUUAAGCUGUUGAAGCACAAGCAGACUGGCAAAGUUCGCCUUGUCAUGAGGCAAUCCAAAACCCUAAAGAUCUGCGCCAAUCACCUCAUUUCGUCUGGGAUGACUGUUCAGGAACACAGUGGGAAUGAAAAGUCGUGUUUGUGGCACGCUACUGAUUUUUCCGAUGGAGAGUUGAAGGAUGAGCUUUUCUGCGUUAGAUUUGCAUCAAUUGAGAAUUGCAAAACAUUUAUGGAGAAGUUCACUGAAAUAGCUGAAAGCCAGCAAGUAGGGAAAGAGAGUACAGAGGGCAAUGAGGCUGCUGGUUUACUUAAGAAUCUUUCGGUUGAGGAUAAGAAAAGUGAAGAGAAAGCCAAGGAAGAAGAAGGAGAAAGCCCUGCAAAGGAAGACAAGGAAACAAAGAAGGAGCAUGAGGAAGAGAAGAAAACGGAGGCGAGCACU